AGUCACGUUCGGGAGGCGGGGACAAGGAUCAACGAGAGAAACGCUCGGCUAGUCGACGAGAGGCACUUUUUCCCUAUCCGCAUCCUACAUUGACUAGGUCUAACGGACGACACGUAUAACGCAUAAUCCCCCCCGGAUUACGCACAUCAAUGAUUCUAUGGAUUACUGAUACAUUUUCAUCGAAACACAGGGGAUUUUUGAAAGAGUUGUUGCACUGGUCGCCAGGAGGACUCGUUGAGAGAUGAAGACCCUGGAUGAGCCCCCCUACCUCACGGUAGGGACGGACGUGAGCGCGAAGUACCGAGGGGCGUUCUGCGAGGCCAAGAUCAAGAUGGCCAAGAGACUGGUCAAGGCUAAGGUGACCUUUAAGCCUGAUCUGUCGACCGCCGAGGUACAAGAUGAACACAUCAAAGGGCCUCUGAAGGUGGGGGCCGUUGUGGAAGUGAAGAACCAGGAGGGGGUCUACCAAGAGGCUACCAUCAAUAAGCUGACCGAUGCCAGUAUAUACACUGUUGUGUUUGACGACGGUGACGAGAAGACCCUGCGGCGGUCCUCUCUGUGCCUGAAAGGAGCACGGCACUUUGCAGAGAGCGAGACCCUGGACCGGUUACCACUCACCAACCCGGAGCACUUCGGCACGCCCGUCAUCGGCAAGAAGGGCAACCGCGGCCGACGCUCCAACCCUGUUCAAGAAGAACAGUCGUCCUCUUCGUCCAGCGAGGAGGAGGAGAACGAGCAGCAGCAGAAUGAAGAGCUGUUUGGCAAAGUGGUGUGUGUGGAGGGAGCGACCGCUGGUGACAAGAAGAAGACCACGUGGUACCCAGCACUGGUUAUCUCCCCGGACUGCCAUGAAGACAUGAAUGUGAAGAAGGACAACAUCUUUGUCCGCUCCUUCAAGGAUGGCAAAUUUUGCAUGGUGUUACGGAAGGACGUGCGGGAGAUGAACUGUGACUCUCCCCCGAAGGCUGACGCGGGGCUCAAACCAGCACUGGACGCGGCGCUGGAGUUCCAGCGGCGGCAGGUGGUGCCCAGCUCCUGGCGGACGGACGUGAAGGAGGAGAGCUCCAGCAGCGAAGACGAGGAGGACGAGGAGGAGGAGGAGGAGCAGGAGGAGGACGCCAGCAGUGAGGAGGAGGAGGAGGAAGUGGAGCCGUUCCCUGGGGAGAGGGAGAACUUCCUGCAGCAGCUCUACAAGUUCAUGGAGGACCGAGGAACGCCCAUCAACAAGAGGCCUGUCCUGGGCUACAGAAACCUGAACCUCUUCAAGCUCUACCGACUGGUGCACAAACUGGGAGGCUUCGACAGCAUUGAGAGCGGCUCGGUCUGGAAGCAGGUCUAUCAGGAUCUGGGCAUCCCUGUGCUGAACUCAGCCGCAGGCUACAACGUCAAAUGCGCCUACCGCAAAUACCUGAACGGGUUCGAGGAGUACUGCACCUCCACCGCUAUCACCUUCCGCAUGGACCUGCCCCUGAAGCAGCCCAAGGCGGAGGGCAAGACGGAGGCAGAGGCGGGGCCCGCCGCCCCCCCGGCCUCCAGCCCCGUGAAGGAGCCCACGCCCGAGCAGGAAUCCAGGGGCCCGCAGCCCGCCCCCUGCAAGGAGGAGAAGUCUGAGUCGGGCCGGUACAAAACGGAACCAGAGUCGACGAAGACGGACCGGAAGUCCCUGGGGAACUCCACCUUGGACACCAACGACGCUGCGGCCGAGGACGACGACGGUGACGACAAUGAAGACGAAGAUGAGGAAGAGUCGCGUCUGGGAGACGCGGAGGAGGGCCCGUCGGGGGCGCGGUCGGAGGGGGAGGUCAGCGUGAAGCUGGAGCCCGCGGAGCAGCAGGGACACAAGGAGAAUACUGGGGAUGUCAGCAGUCAGGAGGGGGAGGAGGAAGGGGAGGAGUUUGAGUGUUACCCCCCGGGGAUGAAGGUGCAGGUGAGGUAUGGGCGAGGCCGCAAUCUGAAGACGUACGAGGCCACUGUGAAAGAGGCAGACGUGGAGGGGGGCGAGGUGCUCUACCUGGUGCACUACUGUGGCUGGAACAUCAGAUAUGAUGAGUGGGUAAAAGCAGACAAGAUUAUCCGGCCUGCCAAUAAGAAUGUACCAAAAAUCAAACAUCGCAAAAAAAUAAAGAACAAAUCGGAUGUGGACCACAACCGACUGGAGAGGCUCCGGGAGAGAGAGGACCUGGGCCCCUCCCCCAACAACAACCGCAUCCCCCCCUCGCCUCGCUCCGGCUCCGGCCCCGACGCCUUUUACAAGAUGGAUGACGCCUCCGAGCGGUCGACAGACGACAGCGAGCGGGAGGAUGAGGAGGGAGACGAGGGGAACGAAGACGACCGGCCGGGCUACCGCCGGGGCCAGCGGAGAGGCCCGUCGGACCCCCACAAGCCGUCGGAGCGCUGGGAGACCGGGAGUCUGUCGGAAGAGGCCAAGCCUCCGUCGCUGUCCGGGAAGAACCACGACCCCGUCAGCCCGGACGGUUCAGACGGGAAGGAGGGGAAGAGGCGCAGCCAGCCGGACCCGGAGGGCGAGAAGGCCACCAGGAAGAGGAAAUCGGAGGGAUCCCUGAAGAGCCCGACCAAAGCCAAGACCAGGAACACCCGGAGCGCCGACUGGCUCCCCGGCGGCUCCCCCAGGAAGGAGGAGAGAGGGGGAGACUGCGCCGCGGACGAGAGGCGAGCCUCGUCCGACAGCAGCUCCGACGACGACGGAGCGGGGAACUCGGAGUCGCGCACGGAGGACGCCGAGCGCGGCCAGACGACGAAGGCCAAAGGCUCGCCCUCCAAGAAGUACAACGGGACGAAGGAGAAGACCAAAGCGGCCGCCCGACCCACGGCCUUCUGGGACAUUCCCGAGAAGAGGGCCAAGGCGUCAGCGGGCGCGGAGGAGAAGCCGGCCGUGCGAACCAAGGGCCAGAAGGACGUGUGGUCCAGCAUCCAGGCCCAGUGGCCCAAGAAGACGCUGAAGGAGCUGUUCUCCGACUCGGACACGGAGGCGGCCAACUCGCCGCCCCCUCCGCCCGACCCGACGCGGCCGUCGGAGGAAGAGCCCAGAGAAGAGGACGAGUACGAGGAGGAGGAGGAGGAGGAGCGGCGGCGGAGGCAGCGGCGAGACAGCGGCCCCGGGGACGAGCCCUCGGAGGAGCCCGCGGACCGCGACAAACUGCAGCGGGAGUUCCCCAGCAGCGGGAGCGACUCGGUGCUCAACACGCCGCCCACCACGCCCGAGUCCCCCUCGGCGGCCCUGGGCCUUCCGUCGGAGGACCCGGGCCAGGCGCGGGCCCCGUCUCCUGCCCCCGCCGAGGACCCCGCCCUGCCUUCGGAGUCCACCUCCUCCUCCGCCGCCGCCGCCGCUGCUCUGCCGCCACCGGCGCCCGCGCCCACGGAGGAGGCGACAGGGGGGCGCAGCGAGACGGACAGCAGCACGGUGGAGGUGGAGAGCCUGGGCGGGGAGCUCCAGGACCUGGCCCAGGAGGACGGGGCCGGCUCCCCCACCAAGGCCUUCCAGGCCAGCCCCUCCUGCCACAGCGACUGCAGCCUGGAGCUGAGCAGCAGCAGCCAGCAGGACAGCGAGCAGAAACCCAAAGGUUUGACUGGGAGUCAGAAGCGGCAGAAGGAGGCGCCGGUUAUGGUCCCCGCGAAGAAACCGAAGAUAAACCGCAAGAGCUUCGGAGUGCCUCCCAAGAAGAACAGGAAAACAGCCCACAGCAGCGACAGCGAGGACCAGACCCUGGCGGAGGGCGUGUCCAAGCCCCCCGCCCUGAAGAGCCUCGCUCACCCGGAGCUGAAGGCGGCCGCCGUCUCCCCCAAGUGUCCCGGGAGGACUCCCCCGUCCAGCCAUAAGUACCAGAAGCCCGGGGAGCCGGACCACCUGCACCACCGGGACCACCACGGCCGCUCGCCUCGCGUCUACAAGUGGAGCUUCCAGAUGUCGGACCUGGAGAAGAUGAACAGCCUGGAGCGCAUCUCCUUCCUGCAGGAGAAGCUGCAGGACAUCAGGAACCACUACCUCUCCCUCAAGUCUGAGGUCGCCUCCAUCGACCGCCGCCGGAAGCGCAUGAAGAAGAAAGAGCGGGAAAGCACGGUGGCGGCGUCUUCGUCGUCGUCGUCGUCGUCGUCGUCGCCGUCCUCCAGCUCGCUGACGGCGGCGGUCAUGCUCACGCUGGCCGACCCGCCCGUGUCCUCCUCCUCCUCCUCGCAGAACUCUGGGGUUUCCGUGGAGUGCAGGUGACAGGACGCACCGGCUCACCGCCGCCGCACUUAGCACUUAACCAGCACCCCCGGUUCCUCCACCACCACCUCCUCCUCCUCUUCCUCUUCCUCCACGGCUAACACCCCCUCCUCCACCUUCCUCCUCCUCCUCCACCACCCCCUCCUCCUCCACCCCCUCCUCCACCUUCCCCCUCCUCCUCCUCCUCCUCCACCACCCCCUCCUCCACCUUCCCCCUCCUCCUUCUUCUCCACCGCUACCGCCUCCUAUCCUCCACCUCUUCCUCCUUCUACGCUACCACCUUCUCUUCUUCCUCCACCGCUACCACCCUAUCCUCCCCCUCCUGCAGCUCCUCCUACCACCACCUUCUCCUCCUCCACCACCACCACCCCUCUUCCACCUCCUUCUGCGCUACCAUCACCUUUUGCUCUUCCUCCACUGCGAACACCUCCUCCUCCUCCUCCUCCUCCGCUACUACCACCUGCACCUCCUCCACCCCCUUCCCCGGCCUCUUGCUCUCCCACAGCCCCCCCCCCCCCCCCCCCCUCCUCUCCAACGAGGACAGACAAGACCACCAACAUACUGUAACCGCUGCGGCACAAAACCAGACCAGAGACAAAAAAAAACAAGCAAAUCGAACACAAACUAACUAGAACGAAACAAGCACUAUUUUCUAUCGACAACUGUUUUCUCGGCAAGCUAACUGCACUCAAGUGCACUUUUAUGAAGAUUGUGUCAGGGGGAAAGAAUUUGUCCCAAAAAAAACAACACAGAUUUUAAAACAAAAAAAUGAUUCGCUCUCACUUAAUUGAACAUUUAUGAAGAAUUGUUUCUUUUGGAGGGGGGGCGGGAUAGGGGGUUUCGUAAAGCAAUAAUUCUUUCCAUUUGAUUAUAUUGUAUCUUGGUUCGGCUGACUUCCUGUGACACCCCCUCACCCUCACCCUCCUCCCCCCCCCCCCCCCCCACCCACACCCCCCCCCCCCACCCCCCCCACAACCUCAUGGCUCCUCCACCGAGCAGCUCCUCCUGGUGCUCGCCAUCUGCUGUGCAGGAGCCCAGGGCAGCCUUGCCUGCCAGCGCCGGCGAUGUGUCACCCUGCCUCACGUUUCUCCUCUGUCAUUUCUAAGGGCCUCCAUGCGAUGGUUCAACCAUAAAGGGUUAUAGCGGUGGUGAUCGUCGCCCCGGUUACUGGAGCGCCGUCCUGUGUGUUUGCAUCGAGGUAACGGGCCGUGGAGAAGGAUAGGGUUUCAGUUCAUUGUGUAUCCGCUGACACCACUGUGGAUGGAGGGAAUAUGGAAUGAUACUGUAGUGCCUUUUGUGUUUUUCUCUGCAGGAGGCACUUUGGGAAAAGGACAGCGCUUUUUAUUUUUUAUUUUCCUCUCUGGUCCUGCUCUCAAAACAAUGUAAAAUGUCGCUGAGAAUGUCCCUCUGAUAAAAAAAGAUUAAAAAAAAGACUGAAUAUUGUGUGAUUGAGGACGCGGGGGAGUGAGGGUAGCCGCGAGCCCGACAGUGACCGGAUGGUUUUUAAAUCGCAGCCUAUCGUUAAUUUUAAGAUGUUUGAUUGUAAGAGAUGAAGCUGAACUAUACUGGAACACCGGUAAUCAACUACUGAAUGCUCGGGCGGCCUAGAAAGAGUCACCAAGGGCUUUGGCCUUCCCCUUUUCUGGAACACUGUGGUCUCUUUUAAAGCCCCCACACCCCCAAACUACAAUUCUACUUCCUGUUUCCUGUUUCCUCCAAAAACAGCAUUAACGUAAACGGCAUUCACAUUUAAUUCAGAUUAGAUACUUCCUGUUUCCUCCAAAAACCGCAUUAACGUAAACGGCAUUCACAUUAAAUUCAGAUUAGAUGCUUCCGAUUUUAAUUUGUCGGAGGUGUGGUGUCCGAUUUCUUUGUGUAUGGUGUUGGAUCACCUCUCGCACUCACCUUCUUGCCAGUUGCAGUUCAACAAGCAGUAGCUUGGAUAAUCACUUUUUUAAUGUUGUGAUGUCCAGAAAGUAUGUAUUUAUAAAAAGGAAGGACGAGAUUAACGGUGUCGAGGGUUGGCAUAGCACAACAACAACAUGAAAUCAAGAAGGAAACACUUUAGGUUAACUGGAAAACUGCAAUCUCCUUGCAUAUUUAAUCACCCAAUGAAUUGUUAAUUAUUGUUAUCCACUGCCCUCACAUGUUGCUGAUGAAUUAAAUUAAAGGCAACCACAGUAUGUGUUUACAACAGUCCCGCAUCAAUUAAAUGGUAGUAUUGGCAUCCAUAUCCAAUUUGGAUCAAGACCCAGCAACGACAGGCCCAAUCACAUCAUCUUUAUUUUGUUCCUCCUUUGUUCAUGCCUACCAAAAAAGUUGUUUAUUUUUAUUUUGCCGAGAUAGGACUAAUGGUAAAGGUAUUGUAAAUGUACAUUUAUAUCAUAAAGUGAUGUGUGUUUCAGACGACAUAUCCAGUGUUUCCACUGUAUAAACCCCCACUGUAUGAUAACCCGAAGCUAUGUUUUUGUUUGGCACUUGUAAUUGUAUGCUUUUGUUAUACAUUUGUAUAUUGAGAAGAGUGUUUUGAGUCAAGCUAUUUAAUAUCUUGCACUGUUAAUAACAUGUACUUUUCUGUACAGACAGUUUUGCGGUUUUAACUGUAGUUUUGAGUGUAAAUACUAAGAGUUAAAGCAUGUCUGCUCCCCCUACCUACCCAAUCGUCCUCAGUCUCGUUAUCUCGUAGAAAAUGAUUUAUUUGAUAUCAUUUUUUGUUCUCCUGUUGCUUUCCGUAAUUUCAACUACAUUGUUCUGUUUGUCGUUUUUGUUUUUUUCUGUUACAAAUGUAUGUUUGGGAAUUGUUUAUAUUUUAUCUUGUUUUUGUUAGCUGCCUCGUGCUUGACAGAAGAAUCGUGGUUUAGGAGGCGGCCGUUUUCCAGUAUGUACAUGGGCUGUCGCGGAUGCUUUUUAGACCCGUAAGGAAAAUGGUAUGGAUCAUAGAAUAAGAGAAAGAGGUGGGGCUCAUUGAAAAACCAAGCUCUGUAGUAUUUAUUAGGCUCAUCUUACGAUGGUCAUUGUGUAAUUUAUUGUACAAAUGUAAUCAAACAGAAGCCUCUGUUUGAAAUAAAUGCCAUAGUUUGUGAAGUA